UGAGAGCAAGGCCGAGGCAUGCUUGGCCUUUGGACUGACCAAUGCGCACACGGCACACGCAUGGCAAUGGGAGAGCUAGCCGCCUGCUAGAGAGUUGCAGGGUAGAUCGUACAGAGUUAACAGGGAUGAUCACGGUGCGUACACUGCGUCACACAGAGGGUGACAGUCAUUAGGGUGAGUGUCGGCAUAGGCUGAUCCAGGUCAAGGUCGUCUGGGCAACCCAUCCACACCGUUCGCCUUGCCUGUCCCCACGACGACGUUCACAGCGAUUCAAUCAAUGUCUCGAACUCUCGAUGCACGGCGCCAACAACUGCCGAACACGGUCGACGUCCGCUCGGGCCCCCCUGGCUCGUACUCUGUGGAUCUGAUUGAAGCAAGAACCAGUCCACGAUGUACGUGAUUGAUAUAAUAUAAGACUAUAAGAGCAGGCUAUUAAUUCGUGAAAGCUUCAGACGCCUCCCCGAGCUGAGCACAAAAGUACUCGUUUAGAGACUACAACACACAGGUUUUACCAGUAGAAAACGAAUCAAAUCGAGGAGGAUAUCUGAUGGAGGAGGGGUUGCGAUCCACCGGCGAGGCAGCCGGGGAGAAGGUGGACACACAGGAGAUCAAGGUCAGUAGCAGCAGCUUGGUGGCGGGGAUCGAGAUGGACACGGUGCUCGAGCACUCUCUGCGAGGAAAAGAGAAGAUGCCGGAGCACUCUGGGGGAUCAAACGAGGAGCUUAUGGAUGGGUCCGUGUCGGCCUCGAGAGUCGAGGGGAAGAGCAAUUGUAGCAGUUCGGUGGUGGAGAUGGAGAAGCUGCUCGAGGACACAAGCCCAUCAGUGGAGAUGGCGCGGUGGAAGCAGCGCUACAUCUAUCGGGUACCGGAGUUUAUCAAGAAGAUGACCAACAGAGAGGCCUACCAGCCACAGUUCGUAUCUCUGGGUCCCUUGCACCACGGCGAGCCCCACCUCCUGCCCAUGGAGGAGCACAAGAGGCGGGCGAUGCUGCACAUGGUCAACUGGACCGGGAAGCCUCUAACGGAGUUCGUCGCAGCAAUCGAGGAAGUGGCGGAUGAGCUCGAGGCCGCCUACGAUGGCCUUGAUGAUAGGUGGCGUGGAGUGAACAGGAGUAGCUUCGUGCAGAUGAUGGUCACUGAUGGAUGCUUCCUGUUUGAGCUGAUAAAGAUACAGCUAAGUCUAUUGGACGAUGAUACUGGUUACGCGGCAAACGAUCCCAUCUUUAGCAGGAGCAGCUUUGAUAAUUUCUGGCCAAUGAUGCGGAACGACAUGAUCGUGAUGGAAAACCAAAUACCUCUAGUCGUUCUGGAGAGGAUCAUAUUUGCUGCUUGCAGUGGCACACCCCCGGUAAGUUAUUUGUUUCCCUCAGGAUGCUUGACUCAUAUCCUGCUCGUUGCUAGGUAGGUGCUCUGUUUUAGUUCAAAUAUACAUACGUCACUGUUUUUGUUGUACGAUGACUGGAGUAGCAAUAAGUGGCACUUCAUACUCGGAGAAAAUUGCUCCUGCUAUUUUUCCAUUUUUUUA